AUGGGUUUUCCGGAGACAGCAGUUCUUAGAAGUAGAUCUGAGAGUAAUCAAGAAAAGCUUCCGGAUAUGUCUCUUGCUUUAAAAGAAAAUUUGUCUCGAGAUGCACAUUAUAACAAUUUAGAUUCUAUAUUUUCAUCUUCUUUUUCAAAGAAUCUGGAUCCUACGAAAAAUCUUGCUUCUCGUUUUAGUUCGUGGAAAGUUUUGUUAAAAGAGCUUGUUAUUUAUUUUAAGGCGGUUAUUAAUAUUGAAGAAGUCAAGGCAAAUGAGUUUAAAAAAUUAGGCAGUAUACUUAAUAUUCAUUCUAAUGAAAAAUCUUUUCAAGAUGGUGGAAUUCAAGAAGUUGAAAAAGUCUUUUGUGAAUGGAAUCGGAAAUAUUCCACACAUUUGUCUAUGAUACCAGGCAGUGUAAAUCAGGAAAUUAUUUUGAAGUUGGAAAAACUUAGAGUAAUGUUGAGUGAACGUGUUAAAGAUAUUUCGAAGAUGUCUUCUCAGUUCCGUAAUAAUUUAAGUAAGGAAGCAGAUACUACUAAAAAGUUGAUGGAAAUUUAUAAACAAUCUUUGUUAAGAUGGGAAUCUAGUCCUUAUCAGAUUACUCCUAGAACAGAUCCAUAUAUUAUUAAGCUUUCUUUAGAAAAGCAAAUCGCACAAACUCUUUUAGAAGAAAAUGCUUUACAACAGGCUUAUUUAAAUAUAGAGAAUUAUUGUCGUAAUAUUGAAAGAUCUGUAAUAAAUACUGUUCGAGAGGUUUUUAGUGAAUAUAAAGAUAUUCUUCAAAGAGAAGUCUCAUUUAUAUCUGAUUUUAAUAAGAACAUUGUUACUGCAGAUGAUUCUAUUUCUCUUGAUAAGGGAUGGAAUAAUUUUCUUAGAGAAGAUUCUUCUUCCAGCAAUCCUAAGGAUUCUGUUAAUUUCCGGAAACUUAGGUAUUUUUGUGAUCUUUUAUAUGCUCAGAAUCAUCCCGCUGUUAAAGAGAUACGCAGUGGUUUUCUACAAAAGAGAACUAGAAUUUUGAAAUCCUAUAAUAGCAGGUUUUAUGUACUUACUGCAUCUGGGUUUCUUCAUCAAUUUAAAUCGGAUAAUCUUUCUUCCGAUCAAAUACCACAAAUGUCCUUAUGUCUUCGUGAAUGUGAAAUUUGCGAGCAUAGUUCUGCUGAUUCUCAGAAAUAUAAAUUUUCUUUGAAGGGAUCUAAAAAUGGAAGUUCUGGUCGAAUUCAUACAUUUGUUUUUAAAACAAACACGUAUGAUGACAUGAUUGAUUGGUAUAAUGAUAUAAAGAAAUUCACGGGGUUAUUGAAUAUGCCUGAAAAUGAAUUCAGGGAUUAUAUUGUAGCCUUGCAAGUAGGAAAUUCAGUGGAUGGUCAAGCAACAGAUAUUCCAAAUGAUGCAUCUGAUCAGGAAAAGAAGUUUUCAUUAGUUUUGAAAGAUGAUUUUAAAGAUGAUGUUGAUAUUAUGACAUCAGUAUCCAGUGCUUUUUAUGAGACAAAAUCUUCGGUUCAUAAUGGACAAAUGGAUCAUACGGCAAAUAAAGAGUGUAUCACGAAUGAAAAUGGUGAUCUAAAUAAAAAUAGCUCUUUUAGUGGAGAGAACAAAAUAUCUGUUUGUAUAAACGGUGAUAUUACUUCUGGACAGGAGAAAUCGGAGAAGGAUGUGUUAACUGAUACUUCUGCUUUAUUGAAUACUUCUGGUACAUGUGUAAAUGAUUCUACUGACCUAAAAGACACGACUUUUGGGUCUUCAAGUAAUUCUUCGUAUUCAUCAACAAAUGAAUAUUCAUGUCCUAUGGAUAUUCAAAAUUCUCCUCCUAAUCAUAAAUCUGAUUUAGGCAAACCAGUAGUUGAUACGCAAAAGAAUUCUAAUCAAAGAGAUCGAUCUUGUUCUUUACAUCCAGUACUUGAACCUCAGGUAAAUAAUAGUCAAGGAUUAUGUUCUUCAUUAUCAUAUCCUGGUUUAUCUCAAUCGCCUUUGUCUGCAACUACACAAUCUAAAUUUAAGGAGGAUUUGGGACAGGCUGCUCUUUCUAAUUUGGAUGUAAGUGACAUUUCUGACAAUAAAUUAGAUUCAGAGCAACUGCAAUGUUCAAAAAAUAUCGGAUCAGUGAAUGGGGCAGAUAAUAUAUCUGGUAUGCCUUCUGAUAAAGCAUUAGAUAGCGCAGAAUUAUGUUCUCGAAAGUCUAUAGUGGAAUCGGAAUGUCAAUUGCCUUCUGCUGUUUCUGAUUCAGAAGUUUUGGGGAAAUCUAAUCAUAAAGAAUUAAAAGAAAAUUUGAAAGUAUUAGAUAAUAAUGAUUAUUUAACUAAGGAAUUACAUAAAAGUGAUAAGGAUGUUCCUAGCAAAAACGUAUAG